CAAAAGGAGUUAUUUGUCUCAGCUUCUCAUGUGGACCCCCUUACCUAUCAAAGCACCUCAGACAUGCAGGAGGAAGAAACAUACACCUCUCUUCAGUGGGAUAAUCCAACACCAAACCCUUACCAGAAACAUCUGUCUUCCACCAAAAAUUCAGGAACAUGGUGUCUUGUGACGGUGGUUUUAUGUAUCUUCUGCAUAGGCUCAUUAGCAACCUCCAUUUUCUUGGGUGUCAAGUUGUUCCAGGUGUCCACUACUGCAAUGAAGCAGCAAGAAAAACUCAUCCAACAGGACAGAGUACUGCUCAAUUUCACACAGUGGAAGAGAAACCAUGACCUGCAGAUGAAAUAUUGCCAAAUGUUGAUGCAGACGUCUUUCAGUUCAGCCCAUAACUGCAGCCCUUGUCCAGACAACUGGAUUCGCAAUGGAGAAAGUUGUUACCGUGUCUUUGAAAGCUGGACAAUUUGGCACACCAGUAGAGAGGAUUGUUUGAAGGAGGGAUCUAAGCUUCUACAAAUAGACAGCAAAGAAGAAAUGGACUUUAUCACUGGCAGCCUGAGGAAGAUCAAAAGAAACUAUGAUUACUGGGUGGGACUGUCUCAGGAUGGGUCCAGCCAACCUUGGCUUUGGCGAGACGGCUCCUCUCCUUCCCCUGAUCUGUCACCAAUACAGGGACCCCAAUCAACUAACCAGGUCUGUGGAUACCUCAGAAACAACGGCCUUUCUUCCGCUAACUGCAGCACUUGGAAAUAUUUCAUCUGUGAGAAAUACGCGUUAAGAUCUUCUACCUGAAAGAAAGUUUGCUUGAAGUGAUUGCUCCAUUAUGGUAAUACCUGCAACAGAUCAUUGGAAAACCUGUAACAAUGAGUUUAAGAGUCAGCGCAGAAGUAAACCAGUGCAAGGGUUGUGAAACCAGCUACCCGAGACACAAAACCUAUCUUGCAUUUACACUUGGUAAUAUUCCUCAACAUUUUCCAGAUGUCCCUUUGACAUUGUUCAAGUUAAUUACCGAGAAUAAAAUUGGUUUAGAGCAACAGAGGACAAAACCCUAAAGAGUGGAAAACAAGCUGAAGAAAAAUCAUUUCUAUUUGUCAUUUUUUUUCUUCCUCUCUCUCUCUCUUUUUAAUUUAGAGUGACUGUGAACUCGACAGAAAAAUCUAUAAGUCACUGGGGAGAUGAUGCAGUUUUAGCUGACUGAUACUGUUUUUAAUAAAUGAAUAAAUGUGACCUUUUAAACUCACUGUUUGCCAGAUCUUUCUGUGCAUUUGCUGGGUUUCCAGGCAUUAUGUUAUUGGACCAGUAGGAUGGGAGGACAGAGAUAUGGAUUUUCAAAUUGGAAGGAAGACAGGCUGCUAUCUGCUGCCUGUAAGACAAUACCAUUUUUAGGACUGCAGAAUUCUGCUGGAGAGACGAACAACCAGAGCUACACGUAAGCGGAAGGAAUAGUCAGGCUGCCAAUAUCAGCGUGUCUCCAGUAAAGAAGGGCUGCGAGCUUCCUUCCUGCCUCUCACUGACCAUCCCCACCACUCGCAAAUCAAAAGACUCAUGAUCUGGAUCCUCAAGGUUAAUACUCCAGCACUUUUAACUACAUCUCUCUGUGCCUCAAUGUCCUCCUUGAAAAGCAAUAAUAGAACUUGCUUCAGGGCUUCCCUGGUGGCGCGGUGGUUGAGAGUCCGCCUGCCGAUGCAAGGGACGCGUGUUCGUGCUCCCGGUCCGGGAAGAUCCCACAUGCCGCGGAGCGG